AUGCGAUUCUCCACCAUCGUUUCUGCCCUGGCUUUGGCUACCUCUGUCACUGCUGCCGCGAUUACCCCCGAUCUUCAAUCCACCUCGAACUCUCUAAGCCAAAGGAGUAUAGAAUUGAACGAUCUUGCUGGCUUGCUGUCUGCUGAGGGUCUUUCACCAGCGGAGCUCCCUGAUUUCAUCGCCAAACAGCUCCGCGAGGCGGUCCAACAGCUCCGCGAGAUAACAACCCAAUCUCUGACUGAACUCCAAAAACAUGUCAAGCAAGUCAUAACCCAGAUCGAAGAGCUCCUUGCCAAGUUCUUAGAGCGCCUUUCCGACCCUGAUGUCUCCGAUAGCGAUCGGUCACUCAGCAAUAGCAACGACUUUGACCGAGUCUGCCAAUCCUUUAAGAAUGCCGUGCCUGUGAUGGCUGAUACAAUAAACCACGUACUGGACCAGGUCCCAGAAAAUCAGUCAGUAGGAGACUUGGGCUCGACUAUCGCGCCCUUGGAAAAGAGCCUGGACAUGCUGGUCUCUGUUAUGUUUCCCGCCCUUCCAGGCAGCUCGUGUCAGACCCCUCCUGAUCUACAGCAUCUCAGAGACGCGCUUCAACGGGUCAAGAUGGCUCAAUAA